CUCAAUACCUUAAAAUCCUAACCAUCCAUUUCCUAGUGACAUGUUUGGAUAACACCACCUUAAUAGAAGGAACAAUAAGAACAGUAACAAAACAAGAUAGUAUGAAACAUGGUGGCAAUGGCAGUGGUUGCAUCGCAACAAUUCAUGUGCUUCUCAGAAUCAAAUUGGAGAAUUAGAACAAAACCAUGUUUUCCCCUUCCUCAUUUCAACACCGUUCUUCUACGCUCACGCAAUAAGAUUCAAUUGCCACUAAUUUCAUGCUCUUCUUCAUCACAGACCCCACAAACUGAUACUCAAACUGCUGAAUCUUGUGUCAAUUUGGGUCUUCAGCUUUUCUCCAAAGGAAGGGUUAAAGAUGCUUUGACACAGUUUGAAACAGCGAUUACUUUGAAUCCCAAUCCUGUAGAGGCACAAGCUGCAUUCUAUAACAAAGCUUGCUGUCAUGCAUACAGAGGAGAAGGAAAGAAAGCUGCUGAUUGUCUCCGCACUGCUUUGAGGGAAUACAAUCUAAAAUUUGGUACAAUUCUCAAUGAUCCAGACUUGGCCUCUUUCAGAGCUUUGCCUGAAUUCAAAGAACUACAAGAAGAGGCCGAGCUGGGUGGGCAAGAUAUUGGCUCCAGUUUUCGAAGAGAUCUAAAACUUAUCAGUGAAGUUCAAGCACCGUUUCGUGGGAUUAGGAGAUUCUUUUAUGUAGCAUUCACAGCAGCUGCAGGAAUUUCGUUGUUGUUUACUUUACCGAGGCUAUUUGUUGCAAUUCAAGGCGGCGAUGGCGCUCCUGGUCUCUCCGAAACUGCUGGAAAUGCUGCCAUUAACAUUGGAGGCAUUGUUGUUUUUGUGGCAUUAUUCCUUUGGGAAAAUAAAAAAGAGGAGGAACAAAUUGCACAAAUAUCCCGAGAUGAGACACUAUCAAGGUUGCCUUUGCGUCUCUCAACCAAUCGCAUAGUUGAACUCGUGCAGCUAAGGGACACAGUUAGACCAGUUAUAAUAGCUGGGAAAAAAGAAACAGUGACUAUGGCUUUGCGAAGAGCAGAGAGAUUUCGCACCGAUCUUGUUAGACGUGGAGUUUUGUUAGUUCCUGUCAUCUGGGGAGAAAGUGGAGAAACCAAAUUUGAAAAGAAAGGUUUUGGUCUUCAACCAAAGGCUGCUGAGGCUCUUCCAUCCAUUGGGGAAGAUUUUGAGAAGCGAACGCAGUCUGUAACUGCACAAUCAAAACUGAAAGCUGAAGUUAGGUUCAAGGCUGAGGUUGUAUCGCCAGCAGAAUGGGAACGGUGGAUAAGGGAUCAGCAGAAGUCUGAAGGAGUUCCAGUUGGAGAAGACGUGUACAUAAUACUGCGUCUGGAUGGUCGGGUUCGAAGAUCAGGAAGAGGUAUACCUGACUGGGAGCAAAUUGCGAAGGAGCUGCCGCCAAUGGAAGCGAUUUUAAGCAAGCUGGAAAGAUGACAAGUAUUAUGUUGCCUUUUAUUCUUCCAGAAUUUGGAGGGUGCAAUUGUAUUUUAUUAUUUCACACAGCAAUAUGUAUCUGAGCCACUUCAAAAUUGCCCCAAUAUAUAUAUAGUACAGAUUCUUUGGUAUAAUACCACUUCAAAUAAUUCACUAUGACUA